UUAUCGCAAUAUUAAAACCAUGGUAUUGUUGAACUGCGAUGAAUUUCUCAAGCAGCUGACUGCUAUGAUAGUGGCAGAUGCAGAUAAUGCUCCAAAAACUGUUCGCAUAUCAUAUAAACGACACAUACCAAAUAAGAAAACGUGGAAGAAUGGCAAAAGUUCGAACAUGGAUAGUUCCAUGUUAGAACAGGAGCCCGUUUGCCUCGUCAGAGCCAGGUUAGGAGACUGCAAAAUUAGCACACAUGUUACCGUACAUCAGUUUGACAAAUUUUCAAACUCAAUCAAUCAAAUAUCGGAGCUGCUAUGCCUGCAAGAAGAGGAAUUGGAAACGUAAAUGUAAAACUGUUUCCAAGAAUCCAUAUGGUAUGGAAGCAUCCCAUACG